GUUUCAUUGUGAUUUUUCUCCGUUUAUUUUCAACAGUAAGGAGUUCCGCUCUGAGUAUCAAACAUGUCUGACGCGGAAGGGUACGUGAGAGUCUACGUGGUUCUGUUAGGUUGGAAUAAAGUUCUUUGCUCGAGAUUUUCUCUUCAUUUCUCCUAUACAUAUUAUUUGUAUAUUUUGUGUUGAUAGAGAUGAUGUGCCUACCACAACCAGUGUUGGUGAAAUGGAUGUUAACACAGCUCUUCAGGAAGUUUUGAAGACUGCCCUGGUUCACAAUGGCUUGGCCCGUGGCCUGCACGAAGCUGCUAAGGCUUUGGAUAGGUAGGUAAUUACAUUUACUUUUGUUACUUUCCCGUAAAGUAUUAUUGCUGUGCUCAAUUUUUGCAAUCGCCUUAAUAUAUAGUCUCUCAAGAGCAAUGAUUGCAAUGAGCUCCAACUGAGGGCUUCUAUCUUCUCUUUGGCAAAGUAGGCGAUCUGUUGUAUCUCCCAGGUUUUGAGAUCACGUUCACAUUGUGGGAACACUCUUGCAACUGUCAUUUAUGAUUAAAAUCUAACUUCUCCUUACAAUAUCAAUCUAGUAGGUAGUAAACAGGUGUUAAGAAAUAGACAAACUCAUCAGCCAUGCGGUGUUAUCCAAUACGAAAAGAAGUUAUCCUUUCUCGAUAGAUGGUAGGGAGACAGAGAGCUAAUAAUGGGGAACUGGUGCCAAUUUUUCAAAAGUUGCAGUAAUUACUAGUCUAGUGAAGCUUUUGUUUGCCGUGUUGUUAUUCGAGAUCAAAACUAUUGACAGUUAUACAAUAUCAUCCAUUGGCAUCCAUCAACAUCUAAGAUGACCCUCAGUGUUCAUCACAUUUUUGUUCAAUCUAUUUGGGGUUUUUCUUACGAUAAAUGUGAAAUUGUCAAUUUUUAAAGAGAAUACAGGGAUAAGAAGGGAAAGAGAUGAGACAGUUUUUUUUUUCUGGAAUGGAAGUUUUGAAUUGGUCUGAUCUGUAUUCUUUUCUUUUCUUUUUAGGCGUCAGGCUCAUCUUUGUGUCCUGGCUAACAACUGUGAUGAAGCACAGUAUGUUAAGCUUGUUGAGGCCCUGUGCACUGAACACAAUAUCAACCUUUUGAAGGUGAGGUUAUACAUAUAGAUGUACAUUAUUGAAGUUGCACAAUAAAUCUUAGUAUUUUUCGUAACCCUUUGACCCUUAAGAGUGACUGGCAUCUAAUUUCUCCCUACAAUAUUACCUCUGAAUUAAACAUCAGUGUCACAAGAAUAAAGGAAAUGAUCACCUGCUAAAUAAGCUCUUAAUUGUUAAACACAUUUACUUUGUCAGCACCUCAGGAAAUGUAUAGAGAACAGUAUGGAGAAUAUGCAUACUAAUGCCAGGGUGUUAAGGGUUAACUAAAAGAAAGAGUUGGCUUUGGAAUGAAACAUUGAAUGGAAUCUAACAAUAGAUUAUUAUGACUUGUUAACUAUUGGGGAGAUGAGUUAGCAAUGAUAAGUCUGGUAUUCUUUUUGCAAAUUAAGGUUGAUGACAACAAGAAACUUGGCGAAUGGGCUGGUCUCUGCAAGAUUGACAAAGAGGGAAAAGCCAGGAAAGUUGUCAGCUGUAGCUGUGUUGCUGUUAAGGUAGGAUUGACAUCUUUGAUAUAAAAGUUUGUUUGGGUGAAGUGCUCUUUAAGUGGUGGUACAGUUGAAUACCUACAUUUGGAAACUUUCUUGACAUAGCUGGUUACGGGAAUUCCACCAUUAUAUUUAACUGCCUUGCUAUAGGAGUUAAUGAAUUUCUGUUAAAGCAGUCAGUGUCAUGUAACCAUGCACUUGAAAUAUAGUUUCACAAAAGAAAAGUAGAUUACUAUCUCUGUCAGACAGUGAGGUGUCAAUAAUAACUCCAUACUGGCAGGCUGCUAUUUUCCUGAUGUUUUAGUGUUAGAUAAAGGUGACUACUUUAUAGCAGCAGCUGAUAGUUAAGGAAGUUGUGAGUUUUCGUGGAAUUAUUGUACAAAGUUUAUAUUAAGUAGUGCCAUACUGUGAUGAAGAAAAGGACUCCCUCUUCUGAAAUUUUGUGAGGAUAUGUCCAAAACCGGAAUCGAUAUUGAAAUUCUGAGAAGGCACUUGCUUAAAAGUAGCAGCUUCUGUAAGCACUGUAUAUUUUUGUUUUGAUUCAUUUUCUCUUUGUGUGCUUUUUAUUCAGGACUAUGGAAAGGAAGGUCAAGCUCAUGAUGUUAUCAUGCAAUAUUUCAAGAGCAAGCGGGGCACAUAA